CAAGUGUUACCCCAUUUCAUUAAGGCUUCUCAAUUCACUUUCUUUCUCACUCGGUUUCUCCAGCAUCGCCUCCCUGCUGUUCUUUCUGCCUCUACCUGUUGGUCCCUCUCCCUCAGGCAUUCCCUUCUGUCUCACAUUUCAUUUUGAUGCUUAAAGAUUAAUUGAGGCGAGGAAAUGGCGGCGAGCUAUGUGUGGAGAAAAUAUGCAGAUUAUUUGUACACAAAGUGGGAGAAAACCUAUCUCUGGGAUAUGGUUGAACCUUACCGAAGACCUAAAUCCUUCACUCCUGUCGUAGUUACUUAUAUCUCUGCUUUCUAUACUGGAGUUAUUGGCGCUGCCAUCACUGAACAACUCUACAAGGAAAAGUACUGGGAAGAGCAUCCUGGGAAAGCAGUUCCUCUCAUGAAACCAAAGUUUUACGGGGGACCGUGGAGGGUAAUGGGGGGUGAGAUUCCGAAAUAUGAGUGAAAAGCUCUCGAGGCAUGUGUCAUGUUUAGUUCCAAUUCUUCACAUCUCACCACUGUUUAUAGUUAAGGACUGUUUGGUGUCAAUGAAAAUGCACUAUUGCAAUGUAAUUUUAUAACAAAAUCUUUAUCAUGUCUGAGUGUUUUCUUUUCUCUUGGCUCAUGAUAUUGCUGAAAAAUAAGAUAAUUUGAUUCUAAUGUACAUGAACUUGUUUAUGGGAUAACUGUUUGACUAUUACUUUUCUCA